AUGAGUUCAGCGAGCAAAAACGUCGACCAGAAGAAGAAAAAAGGGAAAACUCCAAUGUUGUCUCAGGCGUGUGCAACAUCAGCGUGCGUAGGUUGUUCUCAACCUGAAUCAGCAGAAGAUAUGGUGCAGUGCGACAGCUGUGAUGCAUGGUGGCAUUACACUUGUGCCAAGGUUGAUGCUUCGAUAAAAGAUAGAACGUGGAGAUGCAUAAAAUGUGAAGAUAAAUGUAACAGAUCCAAGAGUGGUAAAUCGGAUACAUCUAGCGCGCGGAAAGUGAGAGUACAGUUGGAAUUGCAACGGUUAGAAGAGGAAAAAGCUCUUGCAGAUAAAAUGCAUCGAGAGAAAGAAGAACAAGAAAAGGUGUCGAGGGAAGAAAAAAAAGCCAUCGAGGAAGAUUAUGUGAGGCGGAAGUAUCAGUUGUUAGGAGAAACCAUUGUCGAUGACGAUAAGAGUGAAAGGAGUCGUACUAGCGCGCAAAGCAGUAGAAGCAAGGUAAAAGAGUGGAUUGAUCGACAGAGUCAGGUGUUGAAUACCGGUUCAGGGAAUAAAUUAACCCCAACGGCAACUCCGGCUGCUAAUCCGACAAUCAUCAAGGAGUUUGUUUCUACGAAUAUUAGCACAGGUGCGAUUCGUAAAUCUAAAGUCGUAUCGCUCAAUGAGAAGCAUGGUAUAACUACAAAUUCUGGUAAUAAGGUCAUACCAUCCUUGACCCAAGAGAAAACUGUUAAUUGGGGGGCAGGUAUAGAAGCAAUAGAAUCCCAACACGUACAUCAAGUGCAGUAUGUACAUAAUGAACCUACAUUCAAUAAUAAUUACAUGCAAAAUUCUGGUCCUGUACACGACAACAGUAUGUGUGAAUCGAUAAUGUUUCCCAGACAAGAGGGGAAUCAACAAGCGUACGUAAUACCAGAUCAAAUUGAAAAUAAUGCGGGUCCAACUUCCCGACAAUUGUCCGCUCGUCAUGUGAUUCCAAAAGAACUGCCCAUUUUUGCUGGCAAUCCGAUAGAUUGGCCUAUGUUCAUUAGUGCUUAUAAGAAUUCAACAUCUAUGUGUGGAUUUAGCGAUGGAGAAAAUUUGAUGAGACUACAACGUUGUCUCAAAGGCAAUGCUCUAGAAGCGGUCAGGUCCCAUUUGCUCAUGCCAGAAUCGGUCCCGAUCGUGCUUUCAACAUUGACAACACUCUAUGGACGUCCUGAAUUGAUUGUACAAGUACUCCUCGCAAAAGUAAAAUCUAUUCCAGCACCGAAGGCUGACAAGCUAGAAACUUUGGUUAGCUUCGGGCUCGUCGUACAAAAUCUUUGUGCACAUCUCAAAGCGGCACAACAAGAGGCACAGCUUAACAAUCCGAGUUUACUGCAUGAACUGGUGAAUAAACUUCCAGCAAGUAUAAAAUUAGAUUGGGCACUAUACAAACGUAAUUGUUCUGUAACUAAUCUGGGUACAUUCGGUGAAUAUAUGUCCACUCUCGCGACGGCUGCUAGCGAUGUAACAUAUCCUGAAGUGUGGGAUACACCUAAGCAAAUUUAUCCUGAAAAGCACAAACCUAGGAAUUUCAUUAACACACACUCUGAUGAUUCAACUGAAAGAGAGAGAAACGCAUAUAAAACAUUUAAAAUCCAAGCAACAGACAAAAUGAAUUCGUGUCUAAUUUGUGAUAAGCCUGGUCAUAAAGCUAAACAAUGUUGGGAGCUAAAAAGAAUGAGUGUCGAUGAUCGAUGGAAAACUGUGGCGCGACACAAACUGUGCAAGCGUUGCAUAAUCCCACAUGGUAAGUGGCCAUGUCGCGCAACAUAUUUAUGUGGUAUAGACGGAUGCGAAGCUCGUCACCACCAACUUCUACAUCCUGGAAAAUCCGAAUCGGUUGGAGCGCACCAGCAUAUACAACAUUCGGCAUUAUUUAAAGUGAUUCCAAUUACACUCCAUAACGGAAAAGUCUCGAUUGAAACAUUUGCGUUUCUCGAUGAUGGAUCAUCCGUGACACUAUUAGAAGCACGCAUAGCAAAGAAAUUAAAUAUAAAUGGUGAUGCAGAUCCACUCUGCUUGAAAUGGACUGCAAAUGUUUCCAGAAAUGAGGCUAAUUCUCAAAGAGUUAACAUUGAGAUUUCUGGUGCCAAUAAUGGACCUCGUCAUAUAUUAACGAAUGUGCGAACUGUUGAAACAUUACAAUUACCCAGUCAAUCAUUGAACUAUGAGAAAAUGGUAGAACAUUUCCCAUAUCUAAGCGGAUUACCGGUGAAAAGUUAUGAAUCUGCAAUCCCCAGGAUUUUAAUCGGCUUGGACAACUUAAAAUUGACAUUGGCACUGAAAAGUCGCGAACGUCGGUCGAAUGAACCAGUCGCAACUAAAACUCGUUUGGGCUGGACAAUAUACGGUAAAAUCGGAAGUAACGCCACUACGCAUACAUCGCUUCAUAUAUGUGAGUGUUCUGGAGAUGACACGUUGCAUAAGCUGGUGGAGAAUUUCAUCAAAAUGGAAAAUUUGGCAGCUGAUAGCACUUUCAAACCCGAAUCAGAAUCCGAUCAGCGUGCUCUACAAAUACUGCAAGCUACUACCACUCGUCUCAAUAAUGGUCGGUUUGAAACAGGACUUCUGUGGAAGCAUGAUACAGUGAAGUUCCCGAACAGCUACCCGAUGGCCGUACGCAGAUUGGAAUGCCUAGAACGAAAAUUAAAAUUAUUGCCAGAAAUAAAGAAGAAUCUACAAAAUCAAAUAAUCGAUUACCAGCUUAAAGGAUAUGCGCACAAAGCCGAUAGAAUUGAGCUCAACCGGUCCGAUCCGGAAAGAAUAUGGUAUCUACCAAUUGGAUUCGUACUUAAUAGUCGUAAACCAGGAAAAGUCCGGGUCAUUUGGGAUGCAGCUGCUAAAGUGAAUGGAAUUUCCUUAAACUCCAUGCUGCUGAAAGGACCCGAUUUGUUAACGCCUCUCCCCGCUGUUCUCAGUCAGUACCGUCAACGUCAAUACGCAAUAACAGGUGACAUACGGGAGAUGUUUCACCGCAUUUUUAUACGUGCGGCUGAUCGACAAUCCCAACGCUUCCUAUGGCGGGAAAACGAGAAUGAAGAACCAGAUACGUACAUAAUGGACGUUGCCACUUUCGGAUCCACGUGUUCACCAUGCGCAGCACAAUAUGUUAAAAACAUCAACGGAAAGGAGUACGAGAAAGAGUAUCCUGAUGCUGCGGCUGCGAUAAUCAACAACCACUAUGUGGACGACUUCUUAUAUAGUAGCGAUACAGAAGCAGAAUUAAUAAAGCUUGCCUUAGAUGUAAAAACAGUACAUGCUAAAGCAGGAUUUGAAAUCAGGAAUUGGAUGUCUAACAGUAAACACGUUCUCACACGGGUCGGGGAUCAGAAUUCCGACAAAUGCAAAAUAUUUAGUUUCAACGAAUCAGGCGGCUCAGAGCGAGUUCUUGGAAUAAAAUGGUUACCGGAACACGAUGCAUUUUCUUUCAACAUCGAAUUUCAAAGUGAACUUCAACCGAUUGCUUCGGGAGAAAUAGUACCGACAAAGCGACAAGUAUUGAAAAUCGUGAUGAGUCUGUUUGACCCUCUUGGCAUAAUUUCCGCAUUCUUGAUUCAUGGGAAAAUAUUGAUUCAAGAAAUCUGGAGAACAGGAAUAGGCUGGGAUAAUACCUUGCCAAACGAAAUUGUCGACAAAUGGUACCAAUGGAUCGCAGUCAUCGGAAAAUUACGUGCGGUGACAAUUCCACGGUGCUAUUUUCCAAAUUACGAAAAAGAAAGCUACGAUACGUUGCAGCUUCAUAUAUUCGUAGAUGCAAGCGAAAGUGCAUACUGUGCCGUUGCAUACUUCCGAAUAAUGGAUCGAGGGAAUCCACGAUGUGCCCUUGUAUCAUCAAAGGCCAAAGUGGCACCACUAAAACGGUUCCCGGAAUAA